GGCGGUGGCGGCGGGUGCGGAGCGCGCGGUGCCGGUGGCGGCGGCCAUGUCCCGCCGGGGCCCCGCUCAGGCCUCGUCGUGGGGCGCAGGCACCGGCAGGCUGAGGCGCGUGCAGGCGGCGGGGCCGGAGCAGGCGCAGGCCCAGCAGCUGCAGGAGCUGCGGAGCAGGACGGAGAAGGCGGAGCGGAGGCUGCUGGCCUGCGAGAACCUGGUGGGCGAGCUGGGCAGCAACCUGGCGGCGCUGGGCAGCCUGCUGCAGGACUACGGGCAGCUCCAGCAGCGCCUGGACAACGUGGAGAACCUGCUCAAGAACAGGAACUUCUGGAUCCUGCGCCUGCCCCCCGGCACGCGGGGAGAGGUGCCCAAGGUACCGCUCACGUUUGAUGACAUUUCCGUGUACUUCAACGAGCAGGAAUGGGAGACGCUGGACAGCUGGCAGAAGGAUCUGUACAAGGCUGUGAUGAGGGGGAACUACGAGACUCUGAUCUCCCUGGACUAUGCUGUGUCCAAGCCUGACAUCCUCUCCCGGAUCGAGAGGGAUGAAGAGCUCUGCACCGGAGGCUGUCGCGAGACCCCACAGACGUACAUCCAGGAUGGGCAGGAGCCCCCGCGGACGUGCAUCGGAGAUGGGCAGGAGCCCCCACAAACAUAUCUCAGAGACGGUCAGGAGGCCCUGGAGACGUGCAUCCAAGGCAGUCAGGAUUCCCUGCAGACGUGUAUCAGAGAUGGUCAGGAGCCCCUGGAGACGCGUAGCAGAGAGAGUCAGGAGCCCCCGCAGACGUGCAUCCAAAACAGCCAGGAGCCCCCGCAGACAUGUAUCCGAGACGGUCAGCAGCCCCCGCAGACGUGCAUCCAGGACAGCCAGGAGCCCCCGCAGACGUCCGUCAGAGAUGGCCAGGAACCCCCGCAGGCACCAGAAGACACGGACCAGGUGGAAGAGGCCUUGGGAGACGACAUAGACGUGGAAGAUGACAUGGACUGUGCUGCGUCCGAGCCUGACAUCCUCUCCCAGAUCGAGAGGGAUGAAGAGCUCUGCACCAGAGGCUGCCAGCUGACCCCACAGCCCUGCAUCCGAGAUGGUCAGGAGCCCCCACAAACACCAGAUGAGACGGGCCGGAAAGAAGAAGCCUUGGGAGAACAGAAAGUCCCCUUGGAAGCCGGCACAGAGCUCCCCAUCCUGGUGUUGAAUGUCACGUCCCUGAGUGCGCGGAGAGAGGAGUUGAGCAGGGAACUUAAGCAUGAGACAGAGGUGGAAGAGGACCUGGCCGAGCGCGGCUCUGAGGAAGGCUCUUUACUGGAAAAUGAGAAGGCCUGUGAAGGGGCUUCUCCUCCUGAAAGCCUCGAGGAGAAGGAGGUGGGGCCCAACGCAUUGCAAAACGUUUCUGCAACUUCUCCUGACCCAGCGAUCCAGAACUGCCCAGGAGAGCAGGCGAAGCCCAGGAGCAAGAAGAAGCCAAGCAAGUGCUCAAGCAACAGCCUGCUGAUGGGCGACUGCCGGCGCGGCUACGUGCGUGAGUGGUCGCACCCCUGCACCGAGUGCGGGAAGCGUUUCCGUCUGAAAAUCAACCUCAUCAUCCACCAGCGGAGCCAUGCCAAAGAGGGGCCCUAUGAAUGCACGGUGUGUGAGAUCAGCUUCGCAGACAAAAGCCACCUGGUCCUGCACCAGGCCAUCCACACCCAAGACAGGGCUUUUGCGGCCAAGGUCUGGGGGAACACGCACCCAGAACUGAGGAUAGGGCCGAGGAAGAAGCUGCGCAGGGCUCCCGGCAGCACUGCCCACAGCCUGGGUAACAGGACACAUGCUGGGGGGGCCGGGCUGGGCCAGGCCAAGGAGGAGCAGGACACAGGGAGCCUGUCCAGGGCGCAUUUCUCCCCACAGUCGACGCUUAGGAAUUACACGAAACGCCCACUGAAAUGCGAUCUUUGCAGCAAGUUUCUGUCUUGCUCCUCUGCCCUCCAGCGGCACUUGCAGACCCACUCUGAGAAGAGGCCGUUUCGCUGCACCACCUGCAACAAGGGCUUCACCCGCAAUACUCACCGCUUGCGCCACGAGCAAAUUCACAUACGGCAGAAAGCCCUGGAAAGGCAGCAGCCCAAGACAGUCUAGCACUCAACUGCGGCCAGGAGGCCCCAGCUGAAAGCAGCCCCGGAGGUGCCUGGCAAGGAGCCGUCCUCGCUCGCUGAGCCGGGCACCCGAGGGCCAGCCCCGUGCCCACUGCAGCCAAAGCUGCUCCACUGAACGCGCCUCCUGGUGGCUGCUGUGGAACUCAAACUUCCAGUUAUCAGACUCUUAAAACAGCCCGAGUUGGAAGGGACCCACAAAGAUCAAGUCCAACUCGAGAACUGCUGCUGCUACAGUGGGAGCCUGUUGGGAGAGUAGGAAGUAGGACAGCAGCUUGGGGGCAAGUGACAUGACGACGGGAGGCAUCCGAACUGCUCGUGUCCCUGGGCAGAAACGGUGAGCGUUCAGACAGGUUCUGUAUGUGGUGGGGUAUCAGGGUUGUGAACCAUCCACCAGCUGGAUUUUUGGAGCUUUCCCAAGUUGCAGAAUAAAUCAAAGCUUGGAUACCGUUAUGUGGAACAAAUUACAGAAGCCUCCAGUGAUAAAUAUUGCUUUGCUAUUUCUCAAACUCGUGUCUGCUGGCUAAUGCAUGAAACUUCCCAAACUGACCUUGCUAGGUUAGCAGAUAGGUCACGCAGCCCAGCAAGAGAAGUUGCAACCGGCUGUUGAGCUCACCCAGUAUUCGAUGCUGAAGCUGACCGCUUCAUUUUGGAAACACAAUUACACAGUGAAGAGGACAGACAGAGGGAACCAAACUGACAGAUCAGAGUGGGUUCCAAAGGAGCUUUUCAGUUCACUGAUGGUUCUUGACCAAGACGCCAGGCAGAGAGUGUGGCAUCUCAGGUCGUCCUGGCCGUGCUUGUCGGAUACCCCAUCCUGCUGAGGAAAUCGGCCACGCAGGGGAUCUGCUUGGGAACAGCUGUGUGUUGCACUGGAAGACAAGUAGAGUGAAACAAACCACACCUUCAGUUUGCGUAAUGCUGCAGGUGUUUCUGAGGUCCCGGCACCGGUCCUUCCGUUGAGAAGGCCAGCCUUCAAAAUCCUACGUGGGAGGGUUGGUGCCCCAAGACCAGCCUGCGCAGAUGGUCACUUUACAAAUGGUGGGUAGGAUUCCUGCUGCGCUGCAGCUGCAGCCUGUGCAAGGACCCUUCCUCGGGCUCAGACAUGUUGGCUGGCACCAGGCGCCAUCCCAGCUGCUCUGUGCAGGAGCAUCCCCUCCGCUCAGCCCCACUGCGACUGGAAGCCGUGCACGCUCCCUCUGUCACUAAUCUCGUGGAAGACUGGUUAUGUUAGCUACCUCAACGCGCUGUGGAGAGGCACCCUGCUGGGCGACGAUGGCCAGGCCAGCCGAGGCUCUGGUGGCCCCAGGAAUCACUUGAAGCACGUGUCCCCAGCCCUGUGCACACCGGGCACGCCGCUGGGAAGCACGAAGCACGUGUACAGAGAGAAGGGAAUCAGUCCUGGAGGCAUCAUGGUGCAGGCCAAGCUGAGAGGCUGAUAGGACUCCCAAGCUGUUUUUUUGCUUUGUUUCCAUUGAAUUAUUUGAUGUUAUUGUUUGAAAUCACUAAGUCUCUGCCCCUCUCUGGGCAGGGAGUGUUGGGAACCAGUUUCCUUAGGAGAUUUUGCAUUCCUGGCCACCUGCACGGUCGGAGGGGCUGCAGGUGGGGCUGCUGUCAGUGGCGGGCCUUGGGCAGCGAGGUGACGUUGCCUGGGCCGUGUCCUGGUGUACGCUGCGGGGUGGUGCCCGGCCACCUCCCUGCGGGGCUGUAGGGACAGCGCGGCCGUGCCCAGGCGUGGUGUCAGAGGGGCUCCUCUGGGCCCGUCUCGCGCUCCCUGCCCCAUGCCAGCCCCCAGCAGGAGGAAGCGGGUGCUGCGAAGCCCUGGAGGACACAAGGGUGGUCGAUGCCUUAAGGGCCGUGAGGUGAUGGGUCCAACAGCAAGCCCUGCUGCGGUGCGGGCUGUAGCCGGUUACCCCUGCCCAGUUUGCCAUCCCAGUGAGCCCAGUUGAUCCCAGUACUACAGGGUACGAGUCAGCCAGUGCAGGCCCCGGGGCAGCUCGGAGGAAGCAGCCUCUCCCUGCCGCCGGCUGCCUGGCCCCGAGCGUUUGCUUUCAAGCUGUGACUGGGACCAACUUUUUUUGUAGGAAAUCUCAGCUCCCUUUCUCAGGCCGUGGAGUCAAUAAAGUAUUUGUCUGUA